UUUCCAGGUAACUAAUGACUCUUUUUGUAAUGGCCUCCCGAGAACUUGACCUCCUUUUCCAAUACCCAAUUAUUAAUAUUCCGUCUUUCAUCAAUUUUGAACGAGUCUAUAGGCUAAUUGCUGCAGUUUUUCAGUGAACAUUCUAUUAGCGGCCUACUUGUUUCAUUUCUAGGAGCUUUUUAAAAUCUUCACUCUGGAGUUUUUGCACAUAAAAGAUACGUAUCCCUUGAUUUUGGUCAAUAACCGAAUCACAUUCAAAAUGUACAAUCAGACACCUGCCACUCCGAUUCCUAAUGCCGCGAUGAGCGUUUUGGAUAACUCGUUUCAAGCCAGAAAUCAGAAAGAUGUUUAUUUGGAAGGUGCUAUGCCGUUUUACAAAAACAGAAAGGAAACUUCAAUCACCAAAGUAGCUCCAGCUCCAACGCCAGUGUAUAAAAACAGUGAAGUUAUGGAAGCAUUUGACGAAGAAAACGUGACCAAAAGCCAAAUAUUUCAAGCCCUAAAGCCUGUAUAUUACACUGGAAGAACAUUAGGAAUAUUACCUAUUACAAAUUCUGGAACUGUAUUUGAUGCAACUGUGCAAUGGAUUGCUUAUUCUGUAGUGUUGUUAGUUAUAGUCCUAGGUUACACUGCCUAUUUAAAAUGGUACAAAAUCAACGUAACGAGAUCCCAAGAAGGGAGAUUCGAGGAGGCUGUAAUAGACUACCUUUUCACUGUCUAUUUGUUGCCAAUAGUAAUCAACCCUAUUACUUUAUAUGAGGCUAGAAAGCAAGCAAAUGUCCUCACUCAAAUGGUGGCAUUUGAAAGAAUUUACACUAAAAUAUCCCAAAAGCGACUUACACUGAAUGUCGGAUCUAAACCCCUAAUUAUUAUAGUUGCUUUGUUAGUUUUCGGAUGUGGCACUAUGAUUACUACGCACGUGACUAUGGCUAACUUUACUGUUCAUCAAGUAAUCCCUUAUUGUUACAUAAACGUAAUAACCUACAUGCUGGGUGGUGCUUGGUACAUUUACUGUGACAUUAUAGGAAAAGUUGCUACAAUAAUGGCAGACGAUUUUCAGUUUGCUUUGAGAAAUAUUGGCCCAUCCACCAGAGUAGCAGACUAUAGAUCUUUAUGGAUGAUGCUAAGCAGAAUAAUAAGAAACGUUGGCAAUUCUUUUGGAUAUGCUUUAACAUUCUUAUGCCUCUACCUCUUUUUUGUCAUAACUUUGACUAUUUAUGGACUAUUGUCCCAAAUCCAAGACGGAUUGGGUACUAAGGACAUUGGACUGACUAUAACGGGAAUAUCGGCUGUAAUAAUGUUAUAUUUUAUUUGCGAUGAGGCGCAUUAUGCUUCAACUUGUGUGAGAAUAUUUUUCCAAAAGAAAAUACUUUUGGUUGAACUUACUUGGAUGAAUGAAGAUGCUCAGCAAGAACUAAAUAUGUUCCUAAGAGCAACUGAGAUGAACCCAACUGAUAUGUGCCUGUGUGGAUUUUUUGAUGUUAACCGCACCCUAUUCAAAUCCUUGUUGGCGACAAUGGUUACCUAUUUAGUAGUGCUUUUGCAAUUCCAAAUAAGCAUCCCAGAUUCAGGAGAUGAUACUAUGCCAAUGCAUAACAAUGCAACAGUAGUUCUGAACGCUACCCGUGCUAUACCCAAAUAGAUUAUUUCAAUUGGAAAAGUUGAAUAAAAUAUUAUUUAAGAAACACGUCUAUCAAUGCAACAACUAAUUAUAUUACAUAAAUUGUGUCAAACUCUGUAGGUUUUUAAAAAAUCUUACAAAAAACUUCUUUUUUUUACAAAAAAAUAAACUCUAAUGCCUAAUACAUACUUUUGAGUAUUUUGUCAGACUUAAAAUUAUUUACCUACUUUGCUCAAUGUAGAAUUUAAAAUAUUUACAAGUCUCAGGGGCUCAGAUUUUUACAUAAAUCCCACAAUAAAAAAAAAAAACAUAAAAACCCCAUAGUUGAAUUUGAACGAUUGUACUUAUUUAUAUCAGUGUAUAUACCAGGGUGUUACAGAUCUGUGAGUAAGUAUGGGGCUCACGAUAACCAUAGAGAAAGAAUUUGCGUAACUUUGCACCAAUUCAACCGACCCUGUGUAUCUCUUAUGGUUACCGAAAUUUCCAUACUUACUCGCAAAUUUGAAACACCAUGUAUAAGUACUAAUUUUUCACCUUUAAUUCAGCAAACUUCUGCCCCAAAAUUUUCAUAACGUCUCCAUGUUUUUUGCUUGGAUCCUUGAAUUUGGCAUAAUUCUCUUUAACAAACAAUGCAAAUCCGGUGGUCUUUUUUUCACCAACAAGGACGGCCUUAGUUUCACCAUUUUUUGUAGUUUUAUUGAUGAGAACCUCAAAUUUUCCAUAGCAAUGACCGCAACGUUUGCGUUCAACGUCCAAAGAUUUUGAGUGUCUUCC